GCUAUCUGACACUUGACACAGUCUCGGACUUGCAUCAGAUCUGAAAUUCCCCUAAACCGGCUGAAAACCCUUUCUCUACAUCUUCACCGCCAUCUUCUCUUCGUCCCCAAAUGCUAUAUUUCCCCCAUUCAUCUCCUCCCCAAAGUACGCCACAGAAGCUUAUUCGAAACCCUAACAAUGUCCACGACGACAUCAAUCUCCCCAAACCGACUUCGAUCCGACAUCUACUCCUUCCCCUGCAACUCCGACUCGCCGCCGCCUCUCGUCAUCUCCGUCCUCGCUUCCCUCAUUGACCGAGCGGUGGCUAAAACCCACCGCAUUGCAGCUUGCGAAGCCUCCGCGAAGCAGGAUUUGCGGAUUAGAGCGUUUGAAAGCCGGCGGGUGCUUGAAAUGAGCAUCCAAUCAUUCCUCGAUAGAAUAUUCCGGUACGCUCGCGUCUCGCCGCCGGUGUUCGUCGUCGCCUACGUUUACUUCGACAGACUGUGUGAGUUGAAUCCGAGUUUCUUUGUUUCGGAUCGGAACGUUCAUCGGCUCCUCAUCACCGCCGUGUUGGUCGCCUCCAAGUUCAUUGAAGACAUGAAUUAUAGGAACUCAUAUUUUGCGAAGAUUGGGGGGAUAUCAACACAGGAGAUGAACAGAUUGGAGCUGAACUUGCUGUUCUUGAUGGGUUUCAAGCUUCAAGUGAGCGUGAGCGUGUUCGAAAGCUACUGCAGGCAUUUGGAGAGGGAGGUGAGCUUCGGAGGAGGGUUUCAGAUUGAAAGGAGCUUGAGAUCUGUUUGCGCUGCAGGGAUUUUCUCGGGGAAGAAGGAGAAGAAAUCGCCCCAGGUGAAAAAAUCGCAUAUUCUUAAGGAGGAUGUUAGAUGCGUUAAUUUUAUGUGGAACAGAGGAGUCAUAGAGGUCAGAUCGGAUUAGGGAGCUGUUUGGUGUGCUUUAAAAAGUGUGCAUUGUAUUCCUUUUGUUUUGUAUGAGUUUCAGAUAUUUGGAUGUUUUAGUGAACGAAUUCCAAUUUUA